UCUGUAAUCCACAGAUGAGGGGAGAAGGGAGUGACGGACGAGGAAGAAAUCUGGAUAAUAGGAAGUAAAGAAGACGCGUCCAUGAAAAGUCCCGAGUACGCGCUGUAUACUACAAUUUAAUCCGUUGCUCCAGUCUUGUGAUGGAGAGAGGCUCUGGGAUAGUCGCUGCUCUCAGAGCUCUGGGGUAUGAGAGCGGCCGCUGUGUGAGGCGCUGCGCCUGUGACGAGCUGCCCUGCCCGCUGAUUACCUGGCUGGUCUCGGAGCUGAGAAAAGGCUGUCCUGAAGUUGGAGUGGGAGUCGAUAGUGGUGCUGUUCUGGCUGGAGAGCUGAAGGAGCUUCUAGAAGUGAUGUUUUACCCUUGCACCACACUCACCUCUGAAACUCUCACCUCAGUCCAUCUCGACAGAAUAACAGAUUUUCUGGUGUCCGAGUUACAGGCAGCACAUAUGCUGCAGUACAGAGAGAGCCAUCCAGAAGACACUGAGCCACAGAGUGAAUCAGGCAAAGAGCAAAGAGGGCAAGAAUGUAAUAUCAUAGACAUUGAGGAGGAGACCCAAGCUGAGGGGCAUAAAAAAGAUGAGAAAGAGAUAAUGAUGGAACUGGCACAGUUGUUUCAGGCUCUGGAUAUGGAUCCAGCCUCUCAGCUCAGCGAUGUUUACCCACAGGUGGAAUCACGACUGGCAUCUCUCCCAGAGGGUGAAGAGCGUGAGCCAUUGCUCAAGACUAAUCUGAAUUCUUCACAAUGGAGCAAAGUUCAUCUGAUAAACCAAACUCUGCGCAAAGAUUAUGAGUGUCGCCGCCAAAUGAUGAUCAAGCGCUUCUACGUCACACUCCAGUCCUUUGCAUGGGGAGAGCGGGGAAAGGAACGCAGCACUCUGCUGUCAUCUAUACCUCCUUUUUCGGCACCACUCGAGUCGUCAGUGUCUAUUGCACUGUUGCUGGCAGCCAGAGAGGAUCAGUCUCGCAUUCUGCCAGUGAGAGCAGGACCAUCCACAGCCAUUCACAAGGUGCUGAUGGGUAGUGUACCAGAUAGAGGAGGUCGACCUGGAGAGAUUGAGCCUCCUAUGCCAGUUUUCACUCGACGCAGUGAAGGAGGGGAUGAAAAGCAUAAAAAAAGCAAGUUCCAGAGACGGGAGCGCUCUGGAAAGAAGAAAAAGAAUAAGAACAGAUAGUACAGACAGCAGACUCUAUGUAGUACAAUUUUAAAGCAAAAUAGCACCCAGAAAUGUUAAUGUUGCCUCAGCAAAUAAGGGCCAGGUAAUGUCAUGCAUAUGAGAUUAUGCCCAAUGGCCUUCAUCAGAAUUAACUAUAAGCUAUGUUAGCAUUUUGAGGUGAAGUAUUGCUUUAAUGAUGGAGUUCAGAACUGGAGUCUUACUGUUAAUUUAAAGAUUUACUCUGGAUGAUUUUGUUAAAUUUUGCACUUUCAAAAAAGUUUACUUUGAACAAGGUGAAAUCGUCUCUGGAAAAAAAAAAACGUUUUCUCAACAUCAGAACGUUAUACUGAUUGUGUUUGGACUGCGUGAGGUGUAAGAUACAGAAACAGGCUUUUCACACUGGACUUCUUUCAGUGGACCCCUCUCAGUUCAACAUGGUUGUACUGAGGUUUCAUCUUUUAAAUGUUAAAUGUCCAAUCAAAAUCUUACAUGGUGUUGGCACAAAAUGAUCAAUUUAUCAUGAUGAUACCCAAGACAUUUGAUGAUUUUUGACAUUUGAUUUAUGACACAUUCAAAAAGGCACAGAGGAUACCAGAACUGUUAACUCUAUAAUCCUAAUUUAUGCUGGAGCUGACACAUCACUAUCAUUUAUUUGAUGCUGACAUGUAAGGUUUGAUUUAAUUUCAUUGAGUUUCAGUAUUCUGAAAUGCUGAUGUAAAUAAGAAUGGGCAAGUAAGCCUUAAUGUAAAUAUGGACAGAGUUAAAUCCUAAUUUCUUGACAAAUGUAUUGGUUUCCAUCUGAGUAAAGUCUGUUCCAUAUUUUCGAA